UAAAAAACGAAUGAAUGAGUAAAUAAUUUCAUAGCAAUUUUAUGAAGAUUAAAGUAAAGAACUUAGAGAAAAGUAUCAGAGAGUGAGAGAAGGAGAAAGUAUGAUGGUAAAUGAGCAAAAUUAAUUAAUUCAUAGAAUAAUCCAAAAAGAGAUAAAGCUCAGAGAAUUCUUUUAUUGAUUAUGAUUCUUUAUUCAUUAAUAUUGAUAACUUUUGUUUUGCUAUUAUACUGGGGUUAGGAUUUUAGAUAUUUUUGUUAUAAUAUUUUGAAUAAUUUUAGUGAGUAAGGUAUUAAUAAUUCUAGCUAGGGUAAAUUGUUGGAGCAUUCUAUAUAGGAUUAAUUGGAUUAUGGUUUGUAUUAACAGGUUUUAAUGUUGUACUAUAUGAUAUUUUGGCUGGAUAUUUGAUUAAACCAUUUUGGUUUGCUCUAUUAGCAGUGUCUUUGGCUAAAUUCUUAGCAAAGUAAAAUUUAAAUUGAUUUAAUAGAUAUUUUGGUUUUCUUAUAGGGAGAUAUUGUGUAAGAAAUUAUAUAUAUAUGGCAAUGAAUGAAAACAUUUAUUUUAUAACAUGCUAUUUAGCAACUGAAAGAAAACCAGUGAAAGUUAUGUAUUUAAUAUAAUUUUUGGCAAUUCCGACAAUUUUUAAAACAUAUGCUUGUGGAUUAUUUAGAAUAACUCAUUGGCAAUUCAUACAUCCAACAAUAUUUGGAACAGUUGCUUGGGCUGCAUUUUGGGUAUAUAUGGGAUCAAAUCUGGAAUCAUUAUCUGAAUUAUUAUAAUCAGGGGAUACUAGCAAUUAUGUUCCAUUUUGGCUAAAAUUAGGAAUGGUUAUUACUGUGCUAUUAAUAAUUUAUUAUUUUCUUAAAUUAACAUAAUCAAUUUAUCAAGAAAUACAAAAUGAUGCUAGUUUGGUUGAAUUAAGUCAUAUUUUAGAAAAAGAGUAAGAAGAGGAAGAAAAGUUUGUAGGAUAAUAAUAAGAAUAAGAUUUAUGA